AUGGCCCCGGCAUCUCCGACUCCUAGGCGACCCGUUACCGGAAGACGUCGAGGUCGUCCUCCGGGUUCGACCAAUGCUGCUCGUGCCGCAAGGGCUGCUCUCGCGGCAGCCUCCGCAACCGAACCACCCCCAAAACGACGUCGAUAUAUUCCAGGAGGGGCCGGUGGCGGUGGUCGCUUCGCUGAUGCUGACUUACUAGCCACGCCGAAUACCACUAGGCCUUCAACAGCAUCGAGAUCAAGAGCAGCUGCGCGCGAGGCUAUCAAUGGCCCUUCUCCAUCCAUAAUGCCUCGACGAGAAAGAGGCGCUCGCACGCGGGCUACUGGCAAUGAUGGUUUGGAGGAAAUGCAAUGGGGGUCAGCUGCAGCUAUGGCGACUGCUGUGAAACAGGCUGAAGACUAUAAGCCCCGCGAGGAGCGCAGCUGGGAGGACUUCCAUCCUAACCUAGAUAUCGAUGCUACGUUCAUGAUUCUGCGUUCUGAACAGGUUGAUGGCGUACCCCAAGAACAACCUGAUUCAUCAGUGGCUCAGACAUUUGGAACACCUUUGGACGAAACCCGAACUCCGUCAAGACAACCAAACCCCGCAUCAACUGGAAACACACCAAAUCCUCAAGGUCGCUCAGAGUCGAAUGCUGCCGAUGUUCUUACUGAAACACCUUUACGCCGCCCUCGUCGACCGACCCGAGAUGUGGUCAGCUUCUACAGCAGCAAGCCUCUGGACUUUCUCACAACACCAAAAACACCCAAAAUUCUACCCAUACAAAACCAGACACCGAAAGAGAAGCUGGAUCUCAAACUACCUUCAUAUCGUAAAACCAACAGCAUCGAAUUAUAUGAGAGCAAAACUUUUGGCCAGGCUCGCUAUGUUGAUAAAUCCAUGAGUAAUGUCGGCUAUCAAGAGAGUGACCACUACCUGCGCCCAGAGCAAACUCUAAUCAAAUCUUCUGAUCUUACCAUGGAAGAUGAUGCAGAAUUGACCGAUGCUACGGCAGCGUCUGACGAACCAGUACAUCAUACACGAAUCGGUCGUGUCGAGUAUGAUAUGGAUGAACAAGACGAUAUCUGGCUUGGGCGAUACAAUGCCCAUCGCAAACAGAACGACCUUCAAGCGAUAACACGAGAAAUUUUCGAAAUCACUAUGACAAAGAUUGAAAAGGAGUGGCAUGCGCUUGAGAAAAGAAUUCCAAAACCGAACCCCAAGCCUCCACAAACCCAUCGUCCUCGAUCAAGCUCUGCCGCCGCUGUAAAUGGUGAGCCGCAAGGGGGUGAAGAGCCCGAUUCAAAAUGUGCCAUUUGCGAUGACGGCGACUGUGAAAACACAAAUGCGAUUGUGUUCUGUGAUGGCUGCAACCUCGCAGUUCAUCAAGAAUGCUAUGGUGUCCCAUUUAUCCCAGAAGGCCAGUGGCUCUGCCGCAAAUGCCAGCUUUGUGGGCCUUCAGUUCCUACUUGUAUCUUCUGUCCCAACACCGACGGUGCAUUUAAGCAAACAAAUUCCUCGAAAUGGGCACACCUUCUUUGCGCAAUGUGGAUUCCCGAGGUUUCCUUAGGUAACCACACGUUCAUGGAACCAGUCAUGGACGUAGAAAAGGUGCCGAAAAACCGUUGGAAAUUGACGUGUUAUAUUUGUCGACAGCGGAUGGGCGCCUGCAUACAGUGCGGAAACAAGAACUGCUAUCAAGCAUUCCAUGUCACCUGUGCGCGGAGAUCCCGGCUGUUUCUUAAGAUGAAGACUAGUCAGGGUGCUCUCGCUGUGUUGGAUGGCGGUAUGGUGCUCAAAGCCUUUUGUGAUAAGCAUUGUCCGCCUGACUAUGUGCAAGAGCAUAGUGUUCAACAGGCCACAAAGGCAGCCAAGAAGUUCUAUAAGAGAACCAUGAGGAAUCGUAUCUGGGCUGAUAACACCGCUGUUGCGAAUGCUAUUGCAGAGCAACAGCGCAACGCCCUUGCAGAACAGCCAUCGGAUGAAUCGCAACUUACUGGGACAAAGUCUGCAGCCGUUGGUGACAAGAAGAAAGGCCAGAGUCCGAAGAACGUCUGGAAAACACCUGCAGGCGCACCUAUCAUACCACAGGCAGUAUUUGAAGUUGUCGAAGCUUCAAUUCAAAGAUUCGCGUUUCUUAAGCGCAAGGAGUUCCUGAGCGAGGCAUGUCGCUAUUGGACCCUGAAGCGUGAGAACCGUCGAGGAGCAGCACUCCUGAAGCGUCUCCAGCUUCAGAUGGAGUCGUUUUCUUCGAUGGAGCUUACACGGCGUGACUUCGCAGCAAUGGGACCAAGCGGAAAGAUCAGACUUGCUAGACGCAUUGAAUUCGCCGAAAAUUUGAUUAAUGAGCUUGAACAGCUCAAAGAUCUUGCAGCCCAGCUUGUGGAACGGGAGCAGAUCAAGGUUGCUGCUGGUGAGGUUGAACAAGAAUUUGUGGAUGAGUGUUACUUUCCUGUCGCAAAACUUCUUAACCCUGCAGUCGACAGGGCUAUAUCACUGGACAAAGAUCUCUUCAAGGGCGGUCUCGACAAACUUCAAAGCCGCAUAGAUGCCCGCUUUUAUGUGACAGUAAUAUCCUUCGCUAUAGAUCUUUGCGAUAUCAUCAGUACUGGCAUUUCUACAACACCACCGCCUGACACAUCUACGGAUGCAGCUCAAACUGCAGCUGUCGACGCACCACCUGCUAAAACCACUUUCUCGGAUAUCCGAGAGCGUCGAAAGUUGGGGAAACGCAUAUUGAAGGCUGUUCAGCCAUACCUCGAGACAGCCUUGCGAGUCGAGUCAGAGAUCUCCCAAAAGCCAUUCGAGGGCCUGAAGAAGGAGCUGGAGAACAUCAUUGACAGAAGCGUGGACGUCCGACCACUGACUGCGACGAGCCAAGACAAGCCAACUGACCUCAGUGAUGAAGCCAACGACACUAUUAUGGUUGAUGCCGAGCUUCAAAUUACUGUUAAGGCCAGUUCCACUGAGGGUGGGGACGCGAUGGACACUACUUCAGAUAGUGGAAAUAUUGAGGUCAGCACUAAUAUUGACGUCGAUACGUCUGAUCUCGCAGAGGCAGGUACCGUCGGAAAACAAGAAUCUCUACCUAACACUGCCAAUUCAUCCAAUACACCCCCUGACACAGAUGGUUAUGUGUCAAAGCCUCAGCCGGCACAACCGGGGCCUCCCACACCGCCUCAAUCUAACGGCAGUCUUGGAUUGGAACCUGCGGACCCUCUUACAGAUGGAGGAAUACUCUGGUACCUCAAGGGUCAUGACCCCAAGGGAACAUCAGUUCUCGAAGAGCGCUGGCCCGGGAGAGAUGCCAUCCGCAUGCUCAGCGAGGAUCUUACAGAUUUAGAUGACGAAGAGUUCAAAGGCUUGGGUAUGGAUGUUGACCACGCUGCAGCAUCUGCUGCAGUUGAGGCAGAUGUGAAGGAGGAGGUAGGACCCGCGGGUGGUAAGACCAGAGCGAGUAAAGCAAAGAAGCGGAGGACAUCGACACGGAGGAGAUGA